CCAACAACCGCGUUCGCUUGAGUUCUCGACUUCUGAGACUCGAACCAUGUCAUGGACGAGGAUGAGCAGCAAGAGCUUUUUGAAACGGGAAAGCGAAAGCAAAAGGCAAGAGCGACAGAGGCAGAGCCCCACAACAACGCGUCGGAUACCCAACAGCUAGACAGCUGGUACACCAUCGCCCUGGAUGAACACGUCUCAGAUACUAGGAAUCGGUUGAUAGGCCCCCGUAUUUCCCAGUCAUGGCGCAAAGCUCCCUCUCUUCGUAAAUCGACCAUUGUCCCUCCAAUCAAUGCCGAGUUCACGCCAGAAGACAAGGCUGCUUUCUUUUUGGCUCUAGCGAGGCAUUCACGAUUCCGUCCCGAACUCAUCGCGGCGGACAUCGGCAGACACGAGGUCGAAGUGGAGCAUUACUUGGAUCUCUUGGAAGAUGGGUUCGCUGCUGUACAGCGGAACACAGGAUCACAAGAAGGACAGCGGGAUCGUGCUGGGAGAUACAAGAGUCGACAUCCCUGGGAAGAGGGUCUAUCGCCAGCUGCGAGGGAGGUCAGCGCUAAAUGGAUCAAGGAGGAAGAAAGCAUUGCAGAGAGGCUCGAAAGCGCCGUGAGGGAAAAGUCCCUGGAGAUUUCACGCCUGGAGAAGGAUAUCCUUCGAAAAGAUGAAAAACGAGCGGUGCUCAGAUCCAUUCGACAACCGAAACAACUCGCCGCUCACAGGCCCCUAGAGGACGAAGCCUUGAGAAAGCUUGAGAAGAAGUGGGCCCUCGAAGACUACAUGGAAGAGCUUUCCUCUGACAAGAUUGACACUUUGGAACGGCUCAUAGCGGCGAGCUGGCAAAAAUGGGCGGAACCACUUAGUAGACGGACUGGUCCGAACGGUCAACCAAUCGGUGCAAGCGUGCAAGAUGGACCGCCAGUGAUCGGACAUCCACGAUCGACAGAAACGAGACGUAUGGCUGCGGAUCAAGAGAUGAUUGAGGAGAUUCAAGCUAUCAACAAGAAGAAGCGGACGCCAGAACAGAAAGGCUCUUUAAGGGUACUUUUACGUCGAAGGCAUAUGCGACAAAAAUAUCGGAUGCGGCGUCUGGUGGCGAGUGGGAUGACGCCUGAGGAGAUUGAGCAACAAGGCGGACCUGACGAGGUGUACUGGAAGAAAGACGUCGAGAUGAGGGCCAAUGGAGGGAAUAGGUGGAAAUGUCCAGCCGAUGAGGGUCGAGCGGCCUUAUUGAGAUUGCGAAAGGCGGCCAAGAACCUCGGUGUCGUUGACGAAUUUGUCCACAAAGGCUGGGAUGUCUUCAAUCUCUCAAAGCUGAAGACGUGGCAUGAAUGCUUCAUCGAGAAGAAUGAACACGGCGUCUCCGGGGAGCCGGCCGUUCUUACGGAGACGCUAAGCCUGCUAUAUGACCAUUUGGUUUCGUUCGUCGCAGCGUUGGUCUUUCAGACCAUUAUCACAGCUGAGCAAGCAAUUACACUGUCACCCGAGGCUGAACCAUCGCGCGAGAUUACGAUACAGCACAUCCGAUCGACACUUGCCAUGCGAGACGAGGAUCCGAUCAGUGAUCUGCUUGCGUUCCGUAAGCGAUGGGUCCCAGAUGAGAUUUUGGAGAAGAUUGAGGAAAAGUCGCCCUAUGACUUGGAUGACUACAGUCUGCCUUUUCGAGACAUGGCAGUCUUGGGUACGCUCCCGGCACCCGACUCGAUGGAUGGAUUGGAUGACGUCGAGGCCGAGAGACAUGCGGAAAAUGCGCCACACGACGGUAGCCUGGACGGCGUGAUGAGCGAUGACGACCUCAGUUCCACCCUGUCAGACCAAGAAGAUGCGACUCUUGACGAUGCACUCGAAGUGAUGGAUACAGGCUACGACGCACUUCAUGAACAGCGUCUGUGGGAAGGGCACGCCAAGAAGACGCAGGUCGAAGAUUGGAUGGACCCAUGUGAGGCACAAGAGCUCCCAGAGGAUUGCUCGCGAAGAGCUUCGAAACUCCACAGAGACGCGAAAGAAAUGCGCGAGGACUACAUUCGCACUCUCGAAGAUGUCAACAAGACUCGACGAUGGCGACGAUCUAUCCGUAAUCGAAGUUUCACGAUGCCUACGACGCGCCUGAAACUGCAGACGACCAAGAAGCGACUGUACAAGAGCACGGCGAUAAUUAUCGAGUCCGAAGAUGACUUAUGACAUCAUGACGUUGCAUGGAAAUAUAAUAUGAUUCAC